CGGCCGGACGCGCCUCUGUCCGGAGCUGACCCGGCCCCUCGGCGGCGCACCCUGACAGGAGAAGCCGGCCAUGCAGGAGCCGCUGCUGGGAGCCGAGGCCCCGGACUAUGACACCUUCCCCGAGAAGCCACCCCCGUCACCAGGGGAGAGGACGCGGGUCGGGGCCCUGCAGAACAAGAAGGUGUUCCUAGCUACCUUCGCUGCUGUGCUGGGCAAUUUCAGCUUCGGGUAUGCCCUGGUCUACACGUCCCCUGUCAUCCCAGCCCUGGAGCACUCCUUGGAUCCAAACCUGAGUCUGACCAAGACCCAGGCAUCCUGGUUCGGGUCCGUGUUCACCUUGGGUGCGGCGGCCGGGGGCCUCAGUGCCAUGGUGCUCAACGACCUCCUGGGCCGGAAGCUCAGCAUCAUGUUCUCGGCUGUACCCUCGGCAGCGGGCUAUGCGCUCAUGGCGGGUGCCCACGGCCUCUGGAUGUUGCUCCUGGGGAGGACGCUGACGGGCUUCGCUGGGGGACUCACAGCUGCCUGCAUCCCGGUGUACGUGUCUGAGAUCGCUCCCGCAGGCGUCCGUGGGGCCCUGGGCGCCACACCGCAGCUCAUGGCAGUGUUCGGAUCGCUGUCCCUCUACGCCCUGGGCCUGCGGCUGCCGUGGCGCUGGCUGGCCGUGGCCGGGGAGGGGCCUGUGCUCGUCAUGAUCGUGCUGCUCAGCUUCAUGCCCAACUCACCUCGCUUCCUGCUCUCGAGGGGCAGGGACUCGGAGGCGCUGCAGGCACUGGCCUGGCUGCGAGGGGCUGACGCUGACAUCCGCUGGGAGUUCGAGCAGAUCCAGGACAACGUCCGGAGACAGAGCAGCCACCUGUCGUGGGCCGAGGCCCGGGACCCCCACGUGUACCGCCCCAUCGUCAUCGCCUUGCUGAUGCGCUUCCUGCAGCAACUGACGGGCAUUACGCCCAUCCUCGUCUACCUGCAGUCCAUCUUCGACAGCACCGCCGUCCUGCUGCCCCCUGAGGAUGACGCAGCCAUCGUGGGAGCUGUGCGGCUCCUGUCUGUGCUGAUCGCCGCCCUCACCAUGGACCUGGCCGGCCGCAAGGCUCUGCUCUUCGUCUCAGGUGAGCACAGGCUGCUCACCGGCACUCAUUCACUCCUGCAGCAGCUGCCACGUGCCUUGCCAGCCCUCGCGGUGGGAGCGCCAGGGGGCCUGGGUCAGACCUGCCCUGGUGGCCUCCGUCUCCCCAGCAACCGGCGAGGGCCCAGGCAUCCAGAAAGGUCUGCUGGGGCUCGUGGGAGCAAACGAGCUGGCGGUGACACACACGCUGGGUGUGACAGGAGCCCAAACGCGGGCUGGGGGGGGGGGAGCUGGCUGCCCUGUAGGAAGCAGCCUCCAGUCACAGGCGGCCUGAAGGGGACCGGGCCACACGGGGUACAGGGCGCUGAGGGUGCUGGCUCAGACGGCCCCGGCCCCCCGAGCGCCACCUGUCUGUCCACAGCGGCCAGCAUGUUUGCUGCCAACCUGACACUGGGGCUGUACGUCCAUUUCGGUCCAAAGCCUCUGACCCCCAACGGCACCAUGGGCCUGGAGAGUGUGCCCCCGGCGGGCACAGAGCAGCCCCUGGCCACGCCCACCGGCUACCUCACCCUGGUGCCCCUGCUGGCCACCAUGCUCUUCAUCAUGGGCUACGCCAUGGGCUGGGGGCCCAUCACCUGGCUCCUCAUGUCCGAGAUCCUGCCCCUGCGGGCCCGCGGCGUGGCCUCGGGGCUCUGCGUGCUGGUCAGCUGGCUCACCGCCUUUGCCCUCACCAAGUCCUUCCUGCUGGUGGUGAACGCCUUCGGCCUGCAGGUGCCUUUCUUCUUCUUUGCCGCCGUGUGCUCCGUGAACCUGGCCUUCACCGGCUGCUGUGUGCCCGAGACCAAGGGCCGGUCGCUGGAGCAGAUCGAGGCCUUCUUCCGCAGCGGGAGGAGAUCCUUCCUACGCUAGGGCGGGGCCCCCGCCGUUGAGGGCCAAACCGCUGGGUGGUGGAGCUGUCGGGGCCCCAAACCUGCACCCCGCGUCCAGGAGGCAGUGGCAACCCGCCGCCAGCCAGGCACAGGAGGACCGGCCAGAGGCCUCACGGCACGGCACACGCACCGGCUCUGGGCAGGCAGCGCCCCGUCCAGCCUCGGCCCUGGCUCAGGUGGCCCCACUGUCACCCACUCAUCGGCCAGACCCACCGACGGAGGGGGCAGCCACACGGCCCCAGGGCCAAGGCCUUGUUGGGCGACCUCGGGCCUAGCGCUCACUCACGCGUGGAGGGCCACGGCGAGGACACACAGGGCUGCUGGCGGUGGAGCGGCUCCGCACAGGGACGUCGGGCCUCCUCCUGCUCUGAUCACUUGGCGGCCACUGAGCCUCUUGGCUUUGGGGACCAAGACAGGAAACUGGGCCUGUGAGGCCUAUGGACACCGCAGGGACCGUCCUGGACCCCCAAAGGCCAGGACCCAGCGUGGACACUCCCUCCUACACCCACCCGCCUUCUGGGAACAGGAAGCGCUCGAGUUCAAGCCAUGU